CAAGAAGCCCCGCCCACGAUUCCUCCCCAGUAAGCAGAGACUUGCAGCAUCAUUUCACAGCGGCAACGUUAUCAUCACAUUGGGUGUAUGCGCGAACGAGCAAAUAGAGAACUGCACAAGGUUCGUCUAUUCAGGGAACCACCGUGCGAAGGGAGCAAGAGUGGAAGGGGAUCUUACGGUAUUGACCCUGAUGAUGAUGAGGAUGAUGAUGCUGAUCAGUGGAGGAUCCAUCGUCAGUGCUGAAGCCGUCUGGGAUCAUGUCACCAUGGCCGACAGGGAGCUGGCAUUUAAGGCGGGGGAUGUCAUCAAAGUCUUGGACGCGUCCAAUAAGGACUGGUGGUGGGGCCAAAUCGAUGAUGAGGAGGGAUGGUUCCCUGCCAGCUUUGUGAGGGUUGAAUCUCACCCAUCCCAACCUCAAACAAAACAGGUUUUCUAUAUCAACCCUAUAGCAGCGUCACGGUUCCAAAACACAACGACCAAGCUGUGGGUGAACCAGGAGGAGAGCUCGGUGGUGGAGGCUGUGGAGGGGCCCAGCGAGGUCCAGAACGGCCACGCGGAGGCCAGCCCCAGCAGCGACUGCCUCUGCCUGGGCCAGCCUGCGCAGAACCGCGACCAGAUGAGGGCCAACGUCAUCAACGAGAUCAUGAGCACAGAACGCCACUAUAUCAAACACCUGAAGGACAUCUGUGAGGGUUACUUUCGACAAUGCAAAAAAAGAAGGGACAUGUUUAACGAUGACCAGUUGAAAGUCAUAUUCGGGAACAUUGAGGACAUCUACAGAUUCCAGUUGGGGUUUGUUCGAGAUCUGGAGAAGCAGUACAACACAGAGGAACCUCACCUCAGUGAGAUCGGACCCUGCUUCCUGGAGCACCAAGAUGGCUUCUGGAUAUACUCAGAGUACUGCAACAACCACGUGGACGCCUGCAUGGAGCUGUCCAGACUGAUGAAGGACGGACGCUACCAGCACUUCUUUGAGGCUUGUCGUCUGGUCCAGCAGAUGAUCGACAUCGCCAUUGACGGCUUCCUGCUCACUCCGGUCCAGAAGAUCUGCAAAUACCCUCUGCAGCUGGCCGAACUGCUGAAGUACACCGUCCAGGAUCACAGCGACUACCGUUAUGUCGCGGCAGGUCUGGCAGUCAUGCGGAACGUCACACAGCAGAUUAACGAACGCAAGCGUCGCCUGGAAAAUAUCGACAAGAUGGCCCAGUGGCAGGCGUCUGUUCUGGACUGGGAGGGGGAGGAUCUCCUGGACAGGAGUUCGGAGCUUGUCUACACUGGGGAGUUGUCCUGGAUCUACCAGCCCUACGGGAGGAGUCAGACCAGGGUUUUCUUCCUGUUCGACCACCAGAUGGUGAUGUGUAAAAAGGAUUUAAUACGAAGAGACAUUUUGUACUACAAGGGCCGCAUCGACAUGGACAGGUACCACGUUGUGGACGCCGUGGAUGGGCGGGACGACGACUUCAACGUGAGCGUGAAGAACGCGUUCAAGCUGAGUAACAAAGACUCCGACGAGAUCCACAUCUUCCUGGCCAAGAAGCUGGAGGAGAAAGUUCGCUGGCUCAGAGCGUUUCACGAGGAGAGGAAAAUGGUGCAGGAGGAUGAAAAAAUAGGGUUCGAGAUAUCUCAAUAUCAGAAGAAGCAGGCUGCCAUGACAGUACGAAGAAUGACCAAACAGAAAGGUCAGAGAUCGGUGCCCCCUGCAUACCCCCCACCUGGUGACCCCAUGAACCCAGGACAGUACCUGGUAGCAGAUGGCAUGGCACAAUCAGAUGUCUUUGAAUUCAAUGAACCUAAAAGGAGCCAGUCACCUUUCUGGCAAAACUUCAGCAGGUUAACUCCGUUUAGGAAGUAAGAGACGAUCCUGGAAGACCAACUUAUUUUUCAAAAAGCACGGUUGUCAUGGAAACCGGACGCAAAAAGGAUAGACCGGAAGUAUUUUGGAUUUUUGGAAACAUUUAGCUUGUGAACAUCGUACUGAUGACUGUACUGUUCUAAUCACUUUACCCGUAUGACUGCAAGUAGCAACUGCUCCACCACAAAGAUCGAUGACCUUCGGAAACCGACAGAAAACCAAAACACCCUCCCCUCCACCUGUGGGAAUGUUGUUCAUGACCUCCGUCUGUGGACGUGCUUAGAGAACUGUGGUGAACCACAAAACACAAGUGUCCAAGUGUGAAAAUGAGGAAGCACUCGUCAUCCACUUAUAUCUUUAUGCCAAAAUUGGUUGUGUCCUACAGUUCACUGUGACCUUAAUGGGCAUUUUAUGAGUUCUCGUUUUUCUUUCUCGUAGAGGUUAGCAUUGACGAUGCCGGCCAAAUUAAACACUCUCUUAUUGUUUCUGUAAAUAUUAUUUUCCUCCCCAUCUAGAAUCAGUGUUUUAUUUACAAUGCAUGACAACUCUCCAUUGCAGGUAUUCUUUGUGCAAUUAUAUUCGUACGGGUCAAAGAAAAGAGAAUUAGCAUCAUCGACUUCAAUUAUGACAUCUUAUACUGUUGACAGGGUACUCAUGGUGUAUAUAUUUUGCUGACAGACAGCGACGAUCCUGUGUUGUCCUGUGAAUGGUCUCCUUAACCAGUUACACCACUAAGACAGCAGAGUCAGUUAGUGAUGUUAUGAUUUAUUAAUCUCUCAUCAAUUGCAUAUUGUUUUAAUGACUAGGACCGAGAGCUUUUCUGGGCCAUGAAAAACUAUUUUUGGGCUUGUCACAGUUAUGUUGAGAUAGUUGCACUUCUCCGAAACGCACCUCUAAUUUCAUGAGAGGGAAUAUAUGGCUAUAAUGCACUUCAGCCACCCAAAUUAGCCAUUCAACAACGAUACUUCUGUCUUAAUAGUUUGAAUGUAAACAUGAAAACACACAAUACACUCUGGGCCUUGAUGGUCCAAGUCAACAAGUUCCUUACCUAGGAACUAUAUUUUUAUGUGAAAUUCAUCCUUGAUCUUGAAAGUGAAAGAAUAACAAACUACUACUUUUAUUCAAAAAAUUACAAUACAACAUGUCAGUUGUCCUAUUCCAGGGAUAGUUGAAAUGGUGCCAGCACAAUGUGAUGACAUCCUGAUUCUAUGCCUGUCAUGGCAGUUUAAAGCCUUCACUUUGAUGCUUGCCAAAAGGCUGAAAUGACACGGCAAAUUCUAGUCUUUAAGGGUUGUUAGGCAUUUGAAUAAAAUGACUCACGUUUCAAAGUUUUAGCAGAAUUUCACAUAGAGGAUGCAAUUUAAUUGCUCAAGCUGGUUAUCGUUCUCUAUAUUUAUAUCCAAGGGGACAAAAUAAUUUUUAAAAGGAUAUUUAUAUGCCUCAAAAAUGAUAUAAGAUGUUAGAUUGCACUAGAUAUAUUAAAAAGUGCAUUAUGAAAGUGUGCAGUAAUAUUGGAAGGACAAAGAGCUUUGAUUAUUAAGUUAAGUAUCUUAAACUGAUGUAUGAAUUGUCAUUAAUUUAUAAUAAAUGCAUUGUAACAAUGGAAACAAAUGCUUAAGUACUGUAUCUGAAUUGUUAAGUUGUUAUUUUUUUGUUUUUGUUUUAUCAAUGAUCAUGGACGAUCUAUAAUUUAUUCUGUGACUAUGGCUUGGAAUAAAUUGAAACACAUCGACAUGCUUGUUGAGGUCUUCUAUUGUGAAUGUUGCAGUGUCAUCCAUUAACCCAAACUGAACAUAAUUAUGCCACCCAAAAACUGAAACUGAAGGAUUCUGAUUUCACAGUAAAGCUGCACUACGGUGUUUACCGCGUGUUCUCAUUGAUUGUUGUCAUCGUAACGCUCAAUGUGAUGUUAUGACAGACAUUCUAAAGGACAUUUAACUCAGCACAUGAACAUCAAAUCCACAUUUAAACAAUUUAAGAUGAUGGGUACAUAUGUAAUUGUUUAAUCUAAUCAAUUUUAUAAUUUAUUUUCAAUGGAGCAGUCAAAUGACAAAUCUUUGUGGUAUAAUUCACCGUGGUGCACCACAGCGCUCUCAGCAGGCAAAUAAUGGGAACGACAGAUUUCGCAUUUAGACAUAAAAGAUUUUGCAGAUUUUUAUUAAAGCAAGAAAAUAUUCGUGGGGUGUGCAUUUUUGCACACAUUACAUUUACCAGUUAAAGUAUACAUUUGUUGAAAUGAACAAGAGAGCAUGAUGACAACAGUUUGAGCUAAGCUACGUUUUCCACAUAUUCUCUUUGUUUAUCUACGUAAUAAGAAUGGCUUUUUUGACACAAUCAGGCUUUUUCAUCUCAGCAGACUAUCACGGGCGUGCUGAGUGAAUUGUGCUUCUCUAUUUAGAUGGCGUGAGUUACAGUGGCUUGACUGAAGAACACAGCGUCAGGUCUAAACUUUAUGACAGACAGCAUUAGCUUUAUGGACUGUACCAUUCCUUACAACUCCCUGUUCUGAUAUCACAUGGCCACAACCCAGUCUGCUGCAAAGCCAUGAUUAGAUAGCCUCCAAACAUGAAAAUGUGUGCAUGUACGCCUGUUUGAGCAAAGGUCCUAUAUCUGUGGACAUUCUUGCACGAAGGCCUUCCUUUUGAGUUGAGGGUUCAGUUGGUUUAUACUCUGACCAGUCUACAUCUAAGAUCGUGUUGUGACUUUCUGUAUUUUUUUUUUUAGAAAUCUAGUUUCACUUAAGAAU